GAGAGAGAGAGAGAGCGUGUGAAUAUUUUGUAUUCCUGUACGCGGAUUUGCUUCUAGUUGGUUGCAUUUUUCUUCUAUUUUGGACGUCGUCGUUUUUCUUCGUUCUUGACGUACCUACUUUCAGUAGUGGUACGAUUCGGUAGUGAGGCGGAAGCACAAGAGUGUUGAAAAACUGUGAAAAAUGUUCCACCUGAGAACGAUUGCCAAGAGCGCUGCGCUCAAGCAGGAAGUGACCACCCUGGUCAAGGCGGCCACCGCGGCAAGUGUCCAGCAGGUGCAACAGCAGCGCACUUACUGCGUUCAUGAGAUCCCGGACCGGCUAAAGGAUGUCGGCACCGCUGCCAGCCCCCGCUUCUUCGACAUGGUCGAGUACUUCUUCCACCGGGCUUGUCAGAUCUGCGAGGAGAAGAUGGUCGAAGACAUGAAGGGCCGCAUCUCCUUGGAGGAGAAGCGCAAGCGGGUCAAGGGCAUCCUGAUGCUGAUGCAGCCCUGCGACCACAUCAUCGAGAUUGCAUUCCCGCUGCGUAGAGAUUCGGGUGACUACGAAGUUAUUACCGGAUAUCGUGCCCAGCACUGUACUCACCGUACCCCGACCAAGGGAGGUAUCCGUUUCUCGCUCGACGUCUGCCGCGAUGAGGUGAAAGCUUUGUCGGCUCUGAUGACCUUCAAGUGCGCCUGCGUUGAUGUUCCAUUCGGUGGUGCCAAGGCUGGAGUGAAAAUCGACCCCAAGAAAUAUUCCGAACAUGAGCUAGAGAAGAUCACCCGUCGCUUCGCCCUGGAGCUGGCGAAGAAGGGCUUCAUCGGGCCGGGUAUUGACGUUCCGGCUCCGGAUAUGGGAACUGGCGAACGUGAGAUGUCCUGGAUUGCCGACACCUACGCCAAGACCAUCGGUCAUCUGGACAUUAACGCCCACGCUUGCGUCACCGGUAAGCCAAUCAAUCAGGGCGGUAUCCAUGGCCGUGUCUCGGCCACUGGUCGCGGUGUCUUCCACGGAUUGGACAACUUCAUCAAGGAGGCUAACUACAUGGCCAUGAUCGGUACCACCCCCGGCUGGGGCGGCAAGUCUUUCAUCGUGCAAGGUUUCGGUAAUGUCGGUCUGCACUCGUGCCGUUACCUGUGCCGUGCCGGUGCUACCUGUAUUGGUAUCAUUGAACAUGAUGGUUCCAUCUUCAACCCGCAGGGAAUUGACCCCAAGGCUCUGGAAGACUACAAGAACGAACAUGGAACGAUUGUUGGAUUCCCUGGUGCUUUGCCGUACGAAGGUGAAAAUCUGAUGUACGAGCCAUGCGAUAUCUUCAUUCCGGCUGCCAUCGAGCAGGUUAUCACUAGUGAAAACGCCGGCAAGAUCAACGCCAAGAUCAUCGCUGAAGCUGCCAACGGUCCAACCACUCCAGCCGCCGACAGGAUCUUAAUCGAUCGCAACAUUCUGGUCAUCCCAGAUCUGUACAUCAACGCCGGUGGUGUGACCGUUUCGUUCUUCGAGUGGCUCAAGAAUCUAAACCACGUCUCGUACGGUCGUCUGACGUUCAAGUACGAGCGCGAGUCCAACUACCACCUGCUCGCCUCUAUCCAGGAAUCAAUUGAAAGAUAUGUCGAUGAGGACCAGUCGGUGCAAGCCUCGCUGGAAAGACGCUUCGGCAAUGUUGGCGGUAAGAUUCCCGUCACCCCAUCGGAAGCGUUCCAGAAGCGCAUUUCCGGUGCCUCGGAGAAGGACAUUGUCCACUCCGGUCUGGACUACACCAUGGAACGUUCGGCCCGUGCCAUCAUGAAGACCGCCAUGAAGUACAACCUCGGUCUCGAUCUGCGUUCGGCUGCGUACGUCAACUCGAUCGAAAAGAUCUUCCAAACCUACAGAGAUGCUGGCCUUGCUUUCUAAUAGAGAGCAUCCCCGGCAUUCGUAUAUCCUCGCAGGCAAGGUAAAACAAACAAA